AUUUAAAGAAAGAUUCUUGACUGUGAUAUUGAGUGGAAGCAAAGAAUUCGCGCCAAUCGCAGGCUGCUUCGUGGACCCUCAUAAGAACAGACAUUCUCAGGUAAUCUUGUGAUUGGGAUACUCGGCCCAUUCUAGGGUUGUGUAGAAGCCUGUAAGAAAUAGUUCUUAGGUUUUUUAUAUGCGGUAUUUCCCAUCUUAACUUGUAUGAAGCCAUUGUCGGUCGUGAAUUAUUAUUUUAAUGCGUUUAGUAUUCGCAUAUUUUACUUUGAGUAGGACUUAGGUUGGCCCCUUAAGGAGGAAGACUAUAGUAUCUGAUAAGUUUCUUCCGUUGGUCGGAAACUAUGGAUGCUGCAACCAGGGGUAACUGCAGAGUGAAACAGAAUUGGACAAAAGAGAAUAUAUGCUCGUAGGUUAUUGAGGACUACCUAUUGUCAUAAACUUGUCGAACAAAAUUUUGCUCUAGCAAGAUAUAAUGUGAAACGUGUAAAAGAGCAGAGGAUACCUAUAUUGAGAAAAAGUUGUAGAAAGCACUGUUUCUUGCUCUUUAUAAAGUUUGUAGAAAGACAGUUCUCAUCGCAUUUCCCAACACAUUCCAAUUAGUAAGGUGUCUUGUGUGGAGUUUUAUAAUUUUGGUUAGCAUGGCACAAUAUCUUUCUUCGGAGCAACUAUAUGAGCCGCAAAGAGAACCCGAACCCACAACAACUUUUGAAGCUGUACAGGUAGGCGAAGUGUUACAAAUUACACCCGUGACGGAAAAUGGUUCUACGCACCAGCCAGAGUUUGUUGCUUCUCAAAACAACAAGCUCUCUAUGGCAGCCUGGAUCGUUUUAGGUGGUACUAUGGUUUUGAUGAUGUCGCUAUAUGCCUUGCUUGCAAUCCCUACUUUGCUGGUUUCGUUAUGGUUAGGCGCUGCAGUUCUUCCCACCUUUUUAGUUUACUUAUGGGUUGUUGUUCCUUUUAAAGGAAACCCACCCUUGUCACUUAGUUUUAUUAUUGAACAGUUGGGACUAGGUGCUUAUCCCGCCUUUAUUCUUGCUCUCUUUGUUGAAGUGGGUCUAUCCAUCUGUCUUCAAUCUUUGUUAGGAUUCGAUAUGUCGUCGGCUUCGGAACAGAUCUUCCGCAACCCUCUCAGUAUAGAUGAGGCGCUUCGAGAGAAAUUAUGGCAGUUGUUAUUAUUUUAUUUUUUAAAUGCAAUGGUAGUUGCUGCGUUUGUAGAGGAAACCGUGAAAUACAUUCUGGCUUUGAGGCAUCGUAAGCUCGUUAUUAACCCUGGAAUAAAGGGCAUUAUAGGCUGUUCAGUUUGUGGAGCGUUAGGUCUUGCUGGAAUGGAGCAUCUUUUUUAUUGUUUGAAUUUCCUGUUAUCUUCAGAUUGGCUAACAGCGGUCCUUAGUGGUUUCUUUCGUGCUAUUAUUGCAUUUUGGUUACAUUGUUUGACGGGGUUCUUUAUUGGUGUACGUCGUGCCCGUGUAGAUAUUCUUGGAGACUCUUUGUCUUAUAUUUCAGCGAUAUGGUUGCCAGUUCUAGUUCAUGGAACUAUGGACUUUGCAGCAUUUUCACUUGGUACCAUCUUUGAAGACACUUGGUUGGUGGUGCUUGUACCUUGUCUCGAUAUUUUUUUACUUUCCAUAUUUACUUGGACGACUUCUAUGGAGUAUAAAAGUACAUCAGAGAGGGAGAUGGAGCUGAGAUAUCCUCAGAAUGUUGUAACGGAGGUCUCUGUUUAGACAUGUCAGAAAUCGUAUAUUUCAACAAAUGAAGCAGUAGUCAACAAAGGUAUAUGGAGACUCACACAUAGGAAUAUGCGAAACGAUGAGUUUUCCACAACUUUUUAAUAACUGUUCAUGAAAAGCAAACUCAACUCUGUAAAAUAUUCUCAAGACUCUUUCAAGGA